GCCUUUGUAAUGAUCUGGAUCUUUUCACUUUUGUGUAAACCUCUUAACAGUGCUCCAAACCUUUAUUAAUGGUUCUUCAACCUAACUUCAGUUUCAUAAUAUAGGCUACUGCUGUUGAAAAAAGCAAAACCCUUUUCAGAUUUCAGAAGUAAAACACCGUUAAAUUUCCGGUACUGAAAAGUGUUCUUGUCCGACGGCAUGACCACAGUUGGCUGCACAGUGUAUGUGCGCCAGAUCAGGCGUUUGCUCCAACGGCUUUGAGAACAGCACACGUCAUCGUUGGCGAUCCAGGAUAUUUUGGAUGAAAGCUAUCCCAUUCCUACUAAAAGGUUUUGAACAACACAACCUGAAGUUCUGCAGACAGAAACAUGGACAUUGGUGAAAGUUCACUCCCUGCCAGCAUCAACCCAAAUAAUUUCCCUGCCAAACUGUGGCGUUUGGUCAACAACCCGGACAGUAAAGCCAUCCACUGGGACAGCCAGGGUGAGGUCAUUAUCAUUGACAAGCAGCUCUUCGAGAGUCAAAUCCUGUCUCCCUAUGGCACCUCUGCCUCGGACAACCCUGACGUCUUCAAAACCACUAACUUCUCCAGCUUUGUCCGUCAGCUCAAUCUGUAUGGCUUCAGGAAAGCUGAAACCAGUUCUAAAGACAUCAGUUUCUGCUCCAGGGACAGUGGGACUUCCCACCAUUUUUACAACCCAAACUUCAAGCGAAACCACCCUGAGCUUGUUGCGAGUCUGAGGAGACUCACGGUCAGCACUAAGGCCAAGCUACAAGCUGGUCUGAAAGUGAACGGUCGAACCCCAAAUUGCUGCCAUCGAUUCUAUGUGGAUGUUGAUGGCAGAAAUAAAAAUAUAAAAAGAGGCAGUUCUUCACUGCUUAUUCCCCAGCACCAGGAUUCACCUCAUCCUUACUAUACAAAUAAAGCUCAGGCCACAACAGUGCACAGUGGAACCCCAGCCCCAUUGUGGUACCCGAUAAGGGGUCCGGUUGCAGCGGCAUCUCCUUCUGCCUUUACUGCAGACAAAGGGAUACGAGAAUUAAGCCAUCACUGCACUGGAAUAGCCUCACGGUCCAAUGAUGUGCCUAUUCGGCAGGAUCCACUGGCCAGUGGAACACAUGCACAUCCAAAUGUCACCAGUUUUAAUCCACAUAAUGCACAAUAUCAGUCUGGCUACUAUUCCCCAGUUUGUCACUACUACCCUUCAAACACUGUGGUGCCACAUAUGGCAGUUAAUGGGCUUCAGAUAGGGAUGUUCUCUCCACCUCUUUAUCAGGCCAGCUAUAUGUUCUAUCAUGGGGACCACAACCAGAACUUACAGAAAAAGGAAAACCAGGAGCAGAAGAAAUGUGAUGUUAGUUUGGACACCGUUUUCCGGAUUGCUGAUGAAGUGAUGCAGACUCCAAGCAGUAACUACCGGGUUACAGCUGUGACUCCAGAGAAGCCAGGCCCUGCAGUAAUGCUGUCCUCCAAUAGUAGCAUCACGACAGCUAACCAGUUGUUUGGUGGAUCUAUUACAAUGUCUGUGUCGGACAGUGUUGAUCGAGCCACGUGUAGACAACAGGAGGAGUCUGUGAUUUUAGUACCUGAGCAAAUGCCUGAAGAUGCCAUAAUUCAGGUUACCAAUGAUGAGGCAAAGGACACUGAGGUUGUUAGUGUCGAGGUUGGUAACACUCACAUGGAUCCCAGUCAGGCUCAAAACAGCGGCUACGCCCGGGAGCUGCACCAGGUCUGCAGAUCUCAACAUGUUAAUUUCAUGGACAUGUGACAGGGAAUCCUCACGCACUCCAGGAUGUUGUCUCUAUUACCAGAUUUCAUUCUCCACUUAAAUUUUGUGUGUGAGAAUGUUUGUUUGUUUUAUUCUAAUUUCAGUUUCACUUAGAAAAAAAAGUAGUUAAAUGUUUUAGAGUUUUGGAUAGUUUCAUAGUAGUGUUCAGCUAAUUUUUGGUGACUUUAGAAAAUACAGUACAUUAACACUCCAAGUCAUGUUUUUUCUUUUAAAAAUUGGAAUCACUUUUAAAAAUUGUAAAGUAAUAUGUUACGUCUACAUUUUAACAGUAUUAUCCAGAACUUUUGAUAAUUUUACAAAAAUUGUAAUUUCAAAUAUGAUUUUAUCGACUGUAGGAGCCUACAGCCUAAAGUUAGCCUCCUCCUCAUUUUGUGUACAUUUUAUUCUUAUUUUAACAUCACUGGUAGUGUUUGUUUAGCGAGUUGUAACAAAUUGCUCUACUGGGGUAGAACAUAUUAAAAAUAUAUGUAAAUAUAAUUGCUUAACAUAUGACAUGGCUUGCUUUGUGACAGUGACCAAAAUGGUGACUUUUAUUUUUAAAAUGUGUAACUGAUGCGUUUUUAAAGGCAUGUGUAUAAAAGUCUUGCCAUAAAAAUGGAG